AUGUUCAGGCGGCUUUCAAAUGUCUUUGGUGCAGACGCCAAGCCCAUCCCUCAAUCACCGAAGGAAACACAACAGUCUGCUGGUCAAGUCCCGCAAUGGAUUGUGCCAGAUCGGUCUAUCGAUGAAGCUCGCCCGCUGAGGGUAGUCGUCGUUGGCGCUGGAAUCUCUGGGAUCCUUGCGUGUAUUCGGUUCACACAGAGGAUUCCGAACCUUGAGCUUUGCAUAUAUGAGAAGAACGCAGAUAUUGGAGGCACAUGGUUUGAGAAUCGAUAUCCGGGGUGUGCCUGUGAUAUCCCCGCCCAUACCUACCAAGCCACUUUUGAACCAAAUAAGGAAUGGUCCACCUUUUAUGCUAGAGCUCCUGAAAUUCACCAGUACUGGAAACGUGUUGCUGAGAAGUAUGGAUGCACGAAAUAUAUCAAGCUAAAGCAGCAAAUCUCCGAGGCUGAAUGGGACGAGGAGCAUUCGAAAUGGAAUUUGCAGAUCCAAGAUGUGGAUAGCUCAGCCACAUAUACAGAUCGGUGCGAUAUUUUGAUCCAGGCAACGGGUGCAUUAAAUGCCUGGAAAUGGCCUAGUAUUCCUGGCCUUCAUGACUUCAAGGGCAAGUUAAUGCACAGUGCCACUUGGGAUGAGAGCUACGACUACAAGGGUAAACGUGUGGCGGUCGUCGGCAAUGGAUCCAGUGGUAUCCAGAUUGUUCCUGCGCUGCUGCCCGAUGUGCCUCACAUUGACCAUUAUGUGCGGAGUCGCACGUGGCUCGCACCAACAUUUGCCCGAGAAGAAAUUGAUAAGAGAGGAGAGGGCCUGGAAAACUUUUCCUUCACCCCCGAAGAGAUUGCGACGUUUAAGAAGGAUCAUCAGGCGUAUCAAAAAUUCCGCAAAACUGUCGAACUAGAGCUGCAGUCUAUUCAUGGAGCCACACUUACCGGUAAUCCAAUGCAAGUCGGCGCGCACGAGAAGUUCGUGCAAAAUAUGAAGCGACGCCUGGCCAAUAAGCCUGAGCUAGCUGACGACCUCAUCCCCGCUUUCCCGCCGGCGUGUCGGCGUCUUACUCCGGGGCCAGGGUAUUUAGAAGCUUUGACAGAUGACAAGGUUGACAUUGUCACAUCAGAUAUCAUCAAGGUAGACGAGACUGGGAUAAUUACUGCGGAUGGACAGCAUCGACCAAUUGAUAUGCUCGUCUGUGCGACAGGAUUUGACACCUCCUGCACUCCCCGAUUCACAAUCAAAGGCCGCGGAGGUAUUACUCUCUCGGAACGAUGGAAGAAUACACCCGAGAACUACCUGUCGGUUGCAACCGAUGGAUUCCCGAAUUAUUUCAUCUCUCUUGGCCCCAAUGCGGGCUUGGGCGAGGGAAAUCUUCUGGUUCUAAUCGAGAAGGCACUGGACUAUUUCACCAAAUGCGCGCUCAAGAUGCAAAGGGACAAUAUUCGAGCCAUGAGUGUCCGCCGAGAAGCAGUUCAGCGUUUCACCAAGUACUGCGAUCAGUAUUUUUCUGGCACAGUAUUCAGCAGCAAGUGUCGCAGCUGGUAUAAGGGUGGCACAGAAGAUGGUCGGAUCACUGCUCUAUGGCCAGGUUCAUCACUGCAUUCGAUCAAGGCGUUUGCCAACCCUCGAUGGGAAGACUUUGAUUAUGAGUAUGUUGAUAACAACGCUUCCGGUUGGCUUGGAGAUGGCUGGACCGAGAACGAGAAAAACGACGUGAUAAAUGUAGAUUACCUGGACGAUGAGCAGAUUGACUUUCCCCUUCCAAUGGGGGUCCACUCAUAG